AUGCAAGGUUACAUAAAACAGUCGUUCUGGUUCAUAUUGCCAGAUGCUGAAAUAUUACUUGCAGUUGAAACAAAAACACGAACUCCAACUUCUCUAUGGCACGAAUGGACUUUACAGAGGUACCCAGAGGGCUGUAAUCAAACAGGAGGAGCUUGGUUUGGAGGCCUGUUUGGAGCAGAAUUUCGACGAUUUUCUCUGGAAAGAUCCAAACCUGGAAAAUUUGAGGAGUUCUAUGGAUUAUUGCAGCAUGUGCACAAGAUACCAAAUGUUGAUGUUCUAGUGGGAUAUACGGACGUUCAUGGAGACCUGUUGCCCAUCAAUAAUGAUGACAAUUAUCAUAAAGCAGUUUCCACAGCCAAUCCUCUACUCAGGAUUUUCAUUCAAAGAAAAGAAGAUGCAGACUACAGUGCCUUUGGUGCAGAUACUACCACAAGGAAGAAAAAUGUCUUAUCAAAUGUGUUGCGUCCAGAUAAUCACAGGAAGAAACCACACAUUGUCAUUAGCAUGCCUCAAGACUUCAGACCGGUAUCUUCUAUUAUAGAUGUAGAUAUUCUUCCAGAAACCCAUCGCAGGGUGCGGCUUUACAAAUAUGGAACUGACAAACCCCUGGGAUUCUACAUACGAGAUGGCUCUAGUGUCAGAGUAACACCACAUGGGCUAGAGAAAGUUCCGGGGAUUUUCAUAUCCAGACUUGUCCCUGGAGGUCUGGCUCAAAGUACAGGCUUACUGGCUGUCAAUGAUGAAGUACUGGAGGUGAAUGGAAUAGAAGUUUCAGGAAAGAGCCUUGAUCAGGUUACCGACAUGAUGAUUGCCAACAGCCGUAACCUGAUCAUUACAGUAAGACCAGCAAACCAGAGAAACAAUGUUGUCAGGAACAGUCGGACUUCUGGCAGCUCUGGUCAGUCUACUGAAUCUAGCCUUCCGAGUAGCACACCAAAUAUUUUAACAAAUUUCUUGCAAGGAGAAGAGGAGAGCGAUGAAGAGGACAUUAUUAUUGAAGAUAGUGGUGAGCCACAGCAGAUUCCAAAAGCUGCCCAUACGAGUGAGAGUCUGGAAUCGUUGACACAAAUUGAACUCCUUCAUGAGUCGACACAGAAUGGUUUCCUUCCUUCCAGUGAGAUAAACUUGAAUCAUUCAGCAGGCAGCAUUAGUAUGGAAUAUGAAGGACAUGGUCCAGACCAUAAAUCAUUAGAAGAAGAUGGAACUAUAAUAACACUAUGAAAUUACAUUGGUGUACUUUGUGUUAACUGAGAAUGCCAUACAUGUUUUAUUUUGGCUUAAUAUGUAAUACAUUUUAUACCUCUCCACCUACUGAGCACUGCAAUUAGACUAGAAGGAAAAACAAUGGAUGCAAGAAGUUUGAAAUUAUAUAGGUUGACUAACUUCAUUUAAUUCUGCACUUCAAUGUAAAUAGGUCACAAAGAUAAAAGAUAAUUGAUAACUGACUGGAACUGGAUGAGGAAAACUUUAAAUUGAAAAUGAAGGAGAGCAAAGAGAUAGCUAUGAGCUUUCUCUUACAGGUACUUGAUUUGUCUAUGUGGAAUGCUACUGAUUCUAUAGAAGUAAAUUUCCAUUAUUGUGUGAGGUCGGUUAGUUAUGUGCUGUGGUUUCAUGUUCAACUGAAGUGCUGCUUUAGCCACCUCAUUCCUGUUCUGAGCUGCUGUCUGUGGUGUGCUGGUAGCCCUGUGUGGCUCCGUGUAUCAGGAAACAAAAACGAGCAGGAGGUGGGGUAGGAAGAGAUGUUCUUGGUCAGCUUAGUUCUCUGACUGAUUCACUGAGCAGCAUGCGUGUAGGAUAGUGGUCAGCAACUUGACCGCAGUCAAGGGUUGGAGAUGGGGGCUGAUGAAGCUGACUGCCCAUUUGGAAGUGAAUGCGCAACAACGGGCUCAUUAGUCAUGCACCUUUCCUGUUUUUCAUCUGCCUUGCAUGGCCAGAUAAAGUUACUUUUAAUGACGCUAUGAUUUGUAAAUUCAAAUGUGAAAGUCUUAACGCUUCUGUAUCUUGAAGACGUGUCCUCGUUUUAGUUUGCGGUAUUUGAGGAUUUCGUUCGAUUUAGUUACUAAUCACAGUAAACUUUAAAGAAAUCACAUGUAAACUUAAUACUAUAAAAAUAACAUACCUUUGGCAUAUUCUAUAUGAAAAUGAUAGUCCUAGUAGAAGCUGUAAAGAUUUCUACUGGCAUAGAGUUUAUUGCAGGGAGUCAAAGUUAUGUGAAAAAUGACCUUCUUCAAACCUGAACAGGUUAGAGCAGCUUGAAUUGACUUAAACCCAUGGAUUUAAAAAAAAAAAAAAAAGUAAGUUUGAAAUUAGGUUGUGGCUUUGAUAGAACUUGCUUGAGCCUGUGUGGUAUUAAGAUUACUCAUUAUAAUGACCUAAAUUGCACAUGCUGAUCUUUCUGUGCACCACUGACUGGGUGUUUUGCAUAUUACAAAGUUACUGUGCACAAAACAAAAUACUGUUGACAAAAGUCCUGAUACUGAAAUGUGUAAAUGUGUGUGUAAUCAGCUGCAGACUUACUAGGAGAACUUCAGGGAGAGGCUUUUAGCAUACUUUUGCCUUCUCUCUUUUAGUCUUGUCUACUGUUCCACCACUGUGGCACCCUGUUCCAACUUGACCCUACUCUGGGAGCACAGGUUGUGGCAGGCAGGGAAAUGGAAGAUGGGAACUAAAGGGACUGGGGAGAAAGGGGGAUGAAAUUUCUCAGCAGGGAUCUGGCAGCCGAAGUCAACCUCUAGAAGGUGAGGAGGAUGUGACCAGUUCUGUACUGUGGUACUGUGCUUAGCAGAGCCAGCAGUCAGGGUUCUUGGAAGCAUGUUCUGCCCUGUGGGGUGACACGAGGAAGAGGAAAAGAGACUAACCCCUUUAUUUUUUUCCCUUAGUCUGUCUUCGGGAAACAUCUACCUCUGGUAACUUUAAACUUAGUUAGUUUCACAUAACUAAAGUUAAGCAUCUGUAAAAGUCCUUAUAGCAUAUCAGAGGCUAAAACUGUAUUUGCUUAAACUUUUCUUAGUGAUGUAGACAAGUGAUGUUUCAGUUAUUACGGCAUUUAAUUUGGAUAAAUGCAGAUUUUAAGUUCAUUACACUUUAUGAAUAGUGGUAUUUUCAAGCUUUCAGUAACAUUGGACUUCAAAUCCUACAGACUUCAAGAAAGGCUAUCUUCUAUCAGGCUAAUGCCCUUUUUGAUUUUUGGAGAAUUGUCAUAACGCGUAGUGGAGUUCUUUGCAAAUACAGAUUAGAGUUCUGCUUUGCCUUUGUCUUUUUUUUUUUUUCAAAGGUUUUAUCAGAGCAUGCACAAGAGAGGCCCUGGAAUUUUUUAUUCACAUGAGCAAGUAUUUUAAACCUUUUUAGACUUACUUCAGUUUAAAGAUUAUUAGUAAAAUAAGUACAUCCACUUAAUAUGAAGAGAGGAGAACAGAUACGGUUUGUGUGUUCUGCAAUGUAUACAUUUUAAAUAUACAUUUAAAUAUACAUGUUUUCUGUCAGUGCUGCUCUACGCUUCCUUUAUUUAAGGAAGAUUGUUUACUUUAAAAUGUCUUUUUCUUCCUUUAUCAAAGGACUCUCCUUCCUGUAUGAAAUUAUCAGUGGAGGGCAGCUUUCAUUUAUUAUGCUAGUUUGCACUUCUGUGCCUUUUGGUUACUUGAAUGUAUUGUGAAUAAUCAAAGGAAUAAAGGCACUUGGAUAAGAGGAGAAUGAGGGCCACAGAUACAGAAGAUGAACUGGUCGUGCACUUAAUGAAGGAAUAAUGUUUUCAUUCAAUGGAAAUAUUUUAUGGGUCUAAUGUGAUACAUUAGUAUGUUGCAGCUUGGAUGCAAGUUGAGCUAUUGACUUGCCCCAGGAAGGUUGAGUCUGAGAAUGCUGAUGUUACAAGGUAAUUUAUUGCUUCAGUACAAACACCCGAGGUUAGUGUGCUGCCAAACCCUUUUGUGUUACCUAAUUUGUACUUUUAACAGAUGCAUGAAUAUUUUGAAUAUAUAUACCAGUAUUAAGGACUUACAGAAAUUUGAUUAGGGUCCUGCUUAAAACUGCAUGAGAAUCCAUCUCUUAGGACCUUUUCUCCAAAUUCAUUAAUCUUUAAUACGUGAGAUAAUUCUUUGACAAAUGUUCUGUUUUACAGAAAUUUGAUAACAAAUAUAGAACUAAGCAUUUGAGAUGUGAUGAAAAACCAUUAGGGAAUAAACCUAAAUAGGUUUUUUAAAGUGUGUAUUUACAGUUAUAGUGACAGACUGCACAGCAUGUAAUUGCUUAAUGCUGCAGUUACCAUAAGUUUCUGAAGUUCUUCCAUAUCUUCCUAAUUACAUACAUUGCUAAUUACUAAACACUUUUAAAUCAUUAUGUCAGGAUAAUCAACCAUAGAUUAUGAAUGGCUAAACUUAAUUUUAUACAUAAGUGGUACUGGGAUCAGUAUAAGGUUUUUAAAAAUAUUAUGCUGAUAUCGUUAGCCUUUCAUUCACUACCUCCUAGAUUUUUAACAUCUCUACAAUUUUCUCCUUGGAAGAAAUGACUUAAAGGCUUGACUGUUUUAUAUAGACUUUAUUUUUAGCUAUAAAAUCCAAAAGUGAUUGUGAGGUUACUGCGCAUGAUUGAUAAUAUUAAGCUGCUAUCAAUGUACUCUUCGUGUAUUAAGUAUCCUAAUAUGUGUAAAUUGUAUUUUCAAUCCAGAUUUUAUAAAUUAAUUUAUAAAUAUCCAAAUUAUUUCAAAAUGGAAUGGAAAACUAAAAUUCCUUUGAAUAGUGUUAUACAGUUGUGUACAUGCACAGUAGGGGGGACAAGUCAUUCCUGACUUGCAACUGGGAGACUGAAGACAGAUUAACCUUUUAAGUGCACCUUAAUAGGAAUAAUAGCAAAUCUUAAUGGAAUUAAGAUGCAUUUACCUUGAAGUUCUGCUGUGGUACUGGAUAAGUCAAGCCUAACUGUGAAUCAUAUGUUUUUUCCACAGUUAAAUUUAGGACAAUGUUCUCACAAGCUGUCUUUAACGUGUGUAUUUUUGUGAAUAUUAUGUAUUUUCUAAUUAAAUUUUACUUGCAACGUGAUUUUUACAUGAAUGAACUUGUUUAAAAUGUCAGAUAUCAGUAUUUUUCUUACAACUUUAAUGUAUGAUGUACAUUGGUAUCUCACUGAAUGAAGAUUGAUUUUACAAAAUCAAGCUGGCUGUAGUUGUAUAUUAGUCUUAUAUUUUUACAAACUGGAAUAAUAAAUGGCUAUAGAAAUAAAA